GCAGCUACAUAACUGACAUGUUUCCGAUCAGAGGGGGACCGUUUCUGGUGUUACUACUUCCGGCUUUUGUCGACGCUCCGCCCCGCUGUUUGGGACCCACGUGUGUGCAGAAAUGUCUGACAGUUCGGCUCGGCUCGGCUCGGCUCGGCUCGGCUGUCGACAUGGAUCUCGCCUCCAAGGACUCGUACAUUCAGAAACUCGCAAGCCGACUGUUUUCCCAGCGAGACCAGGAGCCAAAGAAGAGGCCGUUUGCUCAUUUCAAGGGUAAAAGUGACACUGGUCCUCCAAAGAAGAAGAAGAAAAAGUUUAAAAAGAAAAAUUUCAAAGAAGGGGGCUCCAAUGAGCAGAAACCUAAACCCCAGCAGAAGCCUUCGGUCUCUCCAGCGGCGCGGAAAAGCCCGGCCACAGCAAAACCGAAUGGCUCCAAAGCUGAGAGCCCGGAUGGCUCUACAACACAGACACCUAAAGGAGUUAAUGUACAGUCCAACUUCUCAACAGUAGAUGUUCUGCGCAAGAGGCUACAUGAGAAGAUCGAGGAGUCCAGGGGGCAGGGAGCCCCGAAGGAUGCACUGUCAGAGGCGGUCCAGGCAAAGCGAGCAAAACGAAAGCUGGAGCGAGAGCGCAAGAAGCGGAAGAGGAAAGAGUUUCGGAUGAAGAAGCUGGCAGAAGACAGUGGCGAGGAGCAGCCGCCGGAUAUAAAGGAGGAAAAACAGCAAGCCCCUGCUGCGAGCAAAAGAAAUGAAACCGCCAUUAUCUUCAACAAGGUGGAGAUGGUGGAAGAGGCUUAUGUGGACAAAAUGUUGAAACGGAAGAACAAGAGGAUGAGCAUCAAGGGCCAGGUGACACCGCUGACGGGGAAGAACUACAAACAGCUGCUCAGUCGCGUGGAAGCUCGCAAAGCGAAGCUGGAAGAGCUGAGGGAGAAAGACGAGGGCAAGGCCCGCGAGAUGGAGGAGAAGAUCAAAUGGACCAACCUGCUCUAUAAAGCAGAGGGCAUCAAAAUCAAAGACGACGAGGACAUGCUGCGCGCCUCGCUGAAGAGGAAGGAGAAGGGGCGCGCUCAGAGGAAGAAGAACUGGGACAACCGCAGCCAGAGCGUCGUAGAGAAGAUGCAGCAACGGCAGGACAAGAGACGGAAGAACAUCCAGAAACGCAAGCAGGUCAAGACGGAGAAGAAGAAGGACAGGGCGCGGAAGAAAGGCCGAGUGCUGCCCGAGGACUUGUAAAACGCUGCAGUGGGGCAGAGGGACUGUGUGUUGUGUGGGGUUUUUAUGAUAAGACAACAAACGCAAAGUCUAAAUAAGUCAAUCUGUCUUUGUUUUUUUUAAAUCGUGGUGUGAUUUAUUGAAUGAUGUGAAAGUGCCUGUACCUCCUUUCCUUCCUCUGACGCCUGUUGUUGGUCAAUAAAAAGUAACCCUUCAUUGCGAUGAACAUGAAACGCAA